GCCCGGGCCGAGCACAUCCGGGUUGCUGGAGCAGGUGCCUCAAGCCCCGCCCCCUUUUGCCAGGCGCUAGCCCCACUUCCGGCCAUCUCAGGCCUUUUCCGCCAGUGCUGUGCCGGCUUUAUCUCUGCUCUGUAGGUCGUUCCCGGCCCCAGGCCCCGGUCUCUCGCGCCCUUCCCUCGCUCCCAGCGGCUCGUCGCUCAUCGCGAAUCUCUCCGUGGCCCGGAGCGACUCCCGUGCGUCUUCGCGGGCGGCCCGGACCGAGGCCUGCCGCUCGUGGUGAGUCCGCGCAGACGUGACCCCGAGUCUCCCCGCAGCUCGGUUGAGGCUGCCUCCGUCGCCUCGGGAUGCCGGGGCCGGGGUCCGCGCAGCGCUGGGCGGCCGCCGCGGGCCGUUGGAGCUGCAGGCUGCUCGCGCUGCUGCUGCUGGUGCCGGGGCCCGGCGGCGCCUCCGAGAUCACCUUCGAGCUGCCGGACAAUGCCAAGCAGUGUUUCUACGAGGACAUCACGCAGGGCACCAAGUGCACCCUCGAGUUCCAGGUGAUUACUGGUGGACACUAUGAUGUAGACUGUCGAUUAGAAGAUCCUGAUGGUAACGUGUUAUACAAAGAGAUGAAGAAACAGUAUGAUAGUUUUACCUUCACCGCCUCCAAAAACGGGACAUACAAGUUUUGUUUCAGCAAUGAAUUUUCCACGUUCACACACAAAACCGUGUAUUUUGAUUUUCAAGUUGGAGAAGACCCGCCUUUGUUUCCUAGUGAGAACCGAGUCAGUGCUCUUACCCAGAUGGAAUCUGCCUGUGUUUCAAUUCACGAAGCUCUAAAGUCUGUCAUCGACUAUCAGACUCAUUUCCGCUUGAGAGAAGCCCAAGGCCGAAGCCGAGCAGAAGAUCUAAAUACGAGAGUGGCCUAUUGGUCAGUAGGAGAAGCCCUCAUUCUUCUGGUGGUUAGCAUAGGGCAGGUAUUUCUUCUGAAAAGCUUUUUCUCAGAUAAAAGAACCACCACAACUCGUGUUGGAUCGUAACUACGUUUUGAGAAUUGCUGCACCAUUGCCACCAUUAAUAUUGCUGUCCUCUGGUUAAUUUUAGGUACCGAAGAACUUACUAUUGGCAACAUUUUUAAACCUUACUCAUACACUUGUUGGGGGGGAUUUACAGCACAUAUCCCCAAACUGUGGAAAGGACACCUUUUUUAAUUUGUAAAGGUAGACAAAACUUCGGAACUUAUUUUGGGCUAUUCAUGUUCAAUAUUCAGCACCAAUGAUCUUUUCUUGGUUGUUUAUAUCUUCGCAUACUAAACUUUGGUAUUUUGAUUCCUUUUAGCCAUUUAAAAGUACUUUUCUUAUAGGUAGUGGAUAUUUUAAAAACCUUCCAUUUAAUGUCUGUGUGUUGUGGAGGAAGAAAAUUGCCUUUUAAUUGUUUAUAGUAAAGUUUUCUUUUCCAGAAAACCAAAUGUGAUUCACUGUACCAGGCCCUAGUCUGCACUGUUUAAUUUGAGCAUGGGGGAGCCACCCUGGAAAUGUUAGUUGAUAUUGAUAUAAUUUUAAAUCGAUGGAUCAUGGUAUAAUUUAUUUCUUACUAGCUUGGAAACUGUCAGUCUUUUGUUUUUUGUCUCCAUUCUGUGAUUUUUAAGCCGAUACGUUCUUUUUUCCACGAAGACGUUCUCACCACAGAGAAAAAAGUAGGUUUCAGCAACGUAACAGCAUUUAUACAGGCCUUAAAAAUCAGUCUGUUAAAACAAGUAGAAUAAUUACAGAAUAACUUAAGAUCCUACAUCGGGAGGCAAAUGAAAUGAGAAAAGUUUUAGUGAGUUGUCUGCGCCAUAUUACAUUUUCAGUGCUUUUACAGAGAAAAAAGUUCAUCUGUUUUACUUUAACAUUUUGAUGGGCUGGUUCUUGCCCUAAUGUGGCUUCACUGUCUGAGUCAUUCCCGGCUUAAAUUGACCGCUGUAAUACUCACAUUGUAAAAGUGCCAUAUCCUGAGGGGGGUGCUGCACUGAGAAGUUGGUUUCUUUGGAUUUUGUCCUUUCUUUUUUGUGUGUGUUUUGGUUUUUGUUUGUUUUUUGUCUUGCACAUGUAAUUUGUACAUUUCUGGUUAGUGACCUGAAGAUGCUCUAAAACUUCAGAAUGCCGUGUGUUUCUUACUUGAUAAUCUUCAUCAAUUGUACUGCAUUUAAUGAAUAUUAAACAGCGCAUAUCCUGUACGCUAUAGGGUUUAGACUGUGUUUGUAUUUUAUGACUUGUAUAGAUCGAGCUGAUUGAAAUAAGAUUUUGUUCAGGUGUUCCAGAAUAGAAUACAAGACACAUGCAAAACUCUGUAGGUGUUUCAAGCUUUUCUGCUGUUAAAAAAAAAAAAAAAAAAAAGGCAGCUGCUUUUUGCCAUGCCUCCCACCCCCACCCCAGAGUGAGGAGUGCUGAACAAGACUGUCCCGUAGAAUGCUAAUGGGAUGGCAGUUCUAGUCACUUAACCCCUGUGGACUAGAAGUUAACUCAAUGCAAAGCUAUCUUUAAAUGUCUUCAAAAAGUAGAACCGGUUCUGCAUGUAAGAGCAAAACAAAUUCAAAGGUGUUGUGCUUGCUCAUUUCAGAUGCUACAGUGCAGUGAGGGAUGAACACGUUUCCACCCCUUUCAUUCUCAAAUGCUCGAAGACCAAAUAGCUACUCUUUAAGCUAUUCAGCAGCAGACUAGGAACUGAAGUUGACCAUUUUGCAGGUUUAUCUCUGGGUUUUUGUAUCGGGAUUGUCCUGCAGCUUUUAUAAGUGUCCCUGUAUAUUUAGAUUUGAAACACUAGCGUUAACGUGAUUGAUCCGCACGGGUGUACGUUAUCUGUCCUUCUCCACUUGCCUGUCUGCUCUGUUGUGUUCCGAUACCUUCCACCAUAAUUAAUCCCCGUCAGGCAGCAUCAGUGCACCUGGUUUGGCUUAGGUAAUGCGGUCAUUCAGUCUGCGCCUCCCAGAACUACACGAUACUAGACGAUUACUACAAAUAACUUCUGAUGAAACUAUCGAGCUGUCUUGAAAUUUUUGAAGUCACGGUUGUUUCCUGUUGUAGAAAAUAGUACAGGCUUAGUCGACACUCUCUGUAACUGGUUCAAGUUUGACAGCUGUCUAUUCUCAACUGGGUAUGUAUAUUGAAAUCAGAAAAUACCUAUCUAUCCAGACCUAAAUGUUUAAGAACUUUUUUUUCUUCCUCCUGCUGUAUAAUUUGUAGCUCCUCUUGUUUCUUUAAUCCUUUCGUAACUUGUUGGAAGAGUUUGAAUUUCCCAAAUAUUUAUGUUUAGACAUAUGGCUCAGAAUAUAUAUUUAACAUCCUUAGCUGUAUAUAUUUUUAAAGUAAAAUAAAUAAUGGAAAGGGCCUUGAUAUACAGGUUUAUUACUAAAAUAUCAACUGUGUGAAGAUCCAUUUUAAGAUACUACUUUGCUAAUUAAUCUAAACAUGUUUUUUUCUAUUAAAGACACAAACGGUUUGUGGUUCACAGCUCUCAUCCUGGUUUGAUGAUAAUCAACUUUGAAAAUACAGUGGACCGAGGAGCGGUUUUGUUCUUUGGAAGGUUUCAUUUAAGUCUCUGUACAUCCAUUUUUGCUUCAGUUUGUGUAACAUUUAUAGUUCUAUAGGACAAAGCAGACCCUAUGACUAUUGUUUUCAGAAGUUAAUAUAUAAAUAAUUCAAAGGGGGUUUUCAUUUACUUUUGAAAAGAAAAAUUUCUCUAAACACAUGUGGGUCCUGCAGGAUUGCACCAAUCAAUUCUUGUAGAAUAAAAAAAAAUCUUUCAACAAA